AUGUCUGCAGGCUACCAUCAGAACGCUGCACAAAUGUUGCUCUCGGUGCUUGAGAGUCUCACAGGGGUCUUCAAGCGUGUUCCGAUGCUGGCAAAUCUGCGAACCGGCAACUCUCCUGGAACUAGCGACUCCUCCACUGUCCUCGAUGGCACAAGCUCGCCGUUGUCGCUAUCUCCUUGGUCAUCGGAUGUCGAGUCGGAUGAGUCUGAUGAAAGUGCUGACGAUUGGGCUAUUGUUGAGGGCUUGCAUGCUCUCAAUGAGUGCUGCCAGGAUGCUGAGACUCUUUUGCGCCGGCUUAUCGACUUUGCGAAUCUGGUCAGAAGCGCGGGCGUGUCGUCGCGAACCAUGAAAGCAGAUUUGACCUUCGAUCUGCGCUUUCAUCAGGAUCUUGAGAAAUAUCUGGCUUUCGCGCUUAGGCUCCAGAACCUUCAGACGCCUGGCAGAAACACUGAGGGCUCCCUGCGUACGAAUGCUGCCCUUUCUAUCACUUCUGUGGAAACGAGCGACAUCAGACCAGAUCAAAGUGUCCUGAUACUUGCUAACCUGCGGCGUCGACAUCGCUUUGUAUAUGCUCGGAAGAGAGCCGACAUGCUGGCAGCUCCCGAUCGUGGCAAUCCAAUCCUUGUGACGACACAAAGAAUAACUGCUCAGGAACCUACCCACCCAAAGGAGGAGCUGGCAGAGAUACCUCCUACGACUAACUCCCUUUCAAUGCCUUCGAAUUUAGUCAAGGGUAUUCCUAGUCAAUCUUCCGCUUCAGCAAUAACGACUUUGAACUUGGACUCACUGCAAACUUUGACGAAUGACCAAGAGCACACAGGGCUUUACGCCCCAAGUGUAUCGCAGUUCUCCGUCUCCCAAGACAAGUUAGCCUAUCCUAAAGCACCAAGGAUAAGUAGAGAGCAUGCCUUCAAGUGUCCUUGCUGCUGUCAGGUGCUGCCUAAAAGGAUGGGCGCCAAUGAUAGAAAUUGGAGCAUCUGGCUCAAGAUGUGUAUCCCUACAAUUGUCCCGUUGUCAGCUACACGGCAGACACGAGAUUCUUUGUCAAGAAGAAAGACUGGCAGAAACAUCUCGAGGCCCACCACCGAACACUCUCUUACUGGAGAUGUCCCGUUCUGCAGCGAUGAGUCCCCCUACGUGACCACUGCGAGUCUGCAAAAUCAUGUUCAGGCUCUGCAUGCAGGUCUCUUCGACAACGAUAGAAUUGAUGUUCUGCUCAAGGUCUCACAACGGACAGAUGUCGACCUCCCCCUCCAAUGUCCCGUCUGCAACAUUAGUCGAGGACCUCCCUCAGAAACCAGUGCCUACAUGGAUCAUCUAGCUGAACAUUUGCAUGAGUUUGCACUGCUUUCUCUGCCCUGGAACGAUAUGAUGCUCGCCCGAGAUAUGGGGCCAGAUCCAGCUCCAGCGGCGGCUCUGAGUCGUUGGCUUAGCGAUGAUGACUGUCACGUUACGACCGAAGAGAUUGUAGCAGCCGGCGAAGUGCAAUUCUUUGACGAUCCUAUAACUGACAUCCCGAGAUAUCCGGCAAUCCCUGACGACGAGUACUUCGAUCCAGCAGACAGAACCGAAGAUCAAGAAUCUGUAGCAGAGGAAGAAACCGAAAUGCGAGCAGAACAACUCCGGGAAAUCACAGCUUGGCUAUCGCCGCCGGAUUUCGAAAUGGCGUAUAACAGCGCGAUCGUGCUGCACGAGUCAUCUACUGGGCAAUGGUUUCUUAGAUCGGAUCGAUACCUUGAUUGGAAAUUCGGAUUGACACACCACUUGUGGUUGAAUGGCAAGCCUGGAUGUGGCAAGACCACCCUGUGCUCGCUCGCUAUUCGAGAUAUCAGAGCGUACUGUCAACAUCGUCCUGGCAACGGUUAUGCUUUCUUCUAUAUCAGUUUCUCCAACGAUGCCACUUUCGGUAAAAUGAGUCUACUUCGCUCCUUGAUCGUGCAGCUAGGUGUGAAGGGAAGAGCCGUAUCGGUGCUCCUACAGCUUUACGACAACCUGAGCCGAAGCCAUCCAGGAGAAGCAGAGCUCGAGUACAUUCUAAGUCUCUGUUUCGAAGCAUACGACCAGAUAUACGUCUGCGUUGAUGCUCUGGACGAAUGCCCAGAAGACUAUGAUCGAUUGCACAAGAUGAUAGAAUGCCUCCAGAGACUGUCGCAGACAGGGCAAAACGUGAAAUUUCUACUCACGAGUCGCGAGAUGCCGCAUAUCCGCAGCGCGAUGAUUCGACUUGGGGCAGAAUCGGUGAACAUUCCGACACAGGCUACCAACGAAGAUAUUCGCCAGUAUGUUACCACGACGCUUUCGCGGGACCCGCGGCUAUCACGUUUAAACGAGGAGACAAAGGCACUGAUUGAACAAACGAUUUCACAAAGGGCAGAUGGAAUGUUCCGGUGGGCAUACUGCCAGUUGUUUGAACUUAAGAAAAUGAGAUCGCUUAAGUCUAGUCUUGUCAGAAGACUACUUGAUGACCUUCCACGCACUCUUGAUGCGACCUACGAGCGGAUGUUGCUUGGAGUUUCUGCAGACUUUGCCAGUGACGGGCUAAAGAUGCUUCGAUGGCUCGCCUACGCUCAACCUCCUGUGCAUCUCCGGGAGCUUGCAGAAGUCACCAUUAUCGACUUCAUGACGGACCCAGGACUUGUAGAGACGGACCAACGUCCAAGAUUGGACGACGCGUUAGAGAUACUCUCGGGGUUAGUUGUCGUACAGAGUGCCGGUUCGCAAUCUGAAGGCGGCAGCGAUGCACUGGCUAAACCGAGCGUUAUGUCCAAGGAUGAGGCAUACAAUGAUCUCGAUGAUAUUCAAUCAGGUACCACUCCUGCUUUGGACUUACCAACUUACAUUUCAAAGGAUACCAUCAUCCGAUUGGCACACUUCUCUAUUUUGGAAUUCUUGGAGUCGAAACGCUCGCUCGCUGGAGAUGCGCGGAAGUUUCACCUCGACAGUGCUCGCGAGCACACAAUCAUCGCUCAGAGCUGUAUAAUUUACCUUAUACAUUACAGUCAGAGCAGCGAGAAAACGUGCACACCAGAGGAUCUGGUCUCCUUCCCGCUACUCGAAUAUGCAGCACAACACUGGUCCUACCAUGCAUCUCGCGCGCAGCCCGGCCAGCCUAUUGACGAAAUAAGAUUGCUUACCUCACCGGCAAUGAGGGACUGGCUCCUCGUUUUUCAACCGGAUGCGCCGUGGAGAGAUUCUUUUGAGCCGCUUGAAAGUAUCGGGUCAGGUCUCUAUUAUGCAAGCUUCCUAGGUCUCGGCGCAGUAGUAAAAGAUCUUCUGACUGACGGUGCAGACGUGAAUGCUCAAGGAGGACAGUAUGACAAUGCCCUCCAAGCAGCAUCUGUCAAUGGCCACGUCCAUAUAGUCCGGAUGUUGCUAGAUGCUGGAGCGGACCUGAACGCUCAAGGUGGAUAUCACGACAACGCCCUCCAAGCAGCAUCUGCCAAUGGCCACGUCUAUGUAGUCGAGGCGUUGUUACGUUAUGGAGCGGACGCCAACGCCGAUGAAGGUCUUCGUAGCACUGCGCUGAAAGUAGCAGCCGGUAAUGGCUACCACGCAAUUGUUCAGAUGUUGUUGGAGCGCGGGGCGAAUGCCAAUGCUUAUUCCGAGGGAACCGACAAUACCGCGCUGCACGCCGCAUCACGGAGUGGACAGGAGGAAGUAGUGCAGCUACUUCUCGACGCCGGGGCUGACGUUAAUUUUGGCGGAAGAAUUGGCAUCGAAGAGCGAUUGCAGACCCCGCUACAACUGGCAGCUUCGAAGGGCCAAGCGAAGAUCGUGCAGCUGCUGUUGGACGCCGGAGCGGAUGUGCACGCUCGGCGAGGAACUUCUGAUACCGCGCUACAUUUAGCCAUGGCCGCAGGCCAUGAGACCAUUGUGCAGAUGUUGAAGGAUGCGGGGGCAGGAGCGUAA